GAUUGUUUAUUCUCACCGAUGACGUAUCUGUAGAAUUUUAUUUUUCAUCUCUCUCUAUCUCUCAUGUACCACCACCAUCAUCAUCAUCAACAUCAUUAAUUUUUUUUGAUCAUUAAAUUAUAACACAACAGACAUGGCGUCUUCAAGACCAAAAUCACCUCGUCCACCUUUAUCAGGAAAAAAAGAAGAAAAAGAAGAAAGUUUUUGGGAAAAAAUUGGUACACUUGGUAGAAAAAAAAGAAUAAAAGAAGUUCAAGAAGUUCAAGAAGAAGGAAAAUAUGCAAUUGAUUCACCAGGAUUUGCUGCAAAUCCAGAUAAUCCACCAGAGGAUUAUACACUUGAUGAAAAUGAAGAACGUUCAAUGAUUGAACCAAGAGCACUUGAAGAUCCAAAAUUAAAAGAAUUAAUAUUUGUUUUAAUUGAAUGGAUUAAUGAUGAACUUGCAAGUCACAGGAUAAUUGUCAAGGAUAUUUCAGAAGAUUUAUAUGAUGGUCAAAUAUUACAAAAACUUAUUGAAAAAUUAACUGGUAAAAAACUUGAUGUACCAGAAGUAACACAAUCAGAAGAAGGUCAAAAACAAAAAUUAAGAGUUGUAUUAAAAACAGCAAAUGCCAUAUUGGGUAAUAAUAAUACAACAAAUAAUAAAUGGAGUGUUGAAUCAAUACAUUCAAAAAAUAUUGUAUCAAUAUUACAUUUAUUAGUUGGUUUAGCAAGACAAUAUCGUGCACCAGUACGUUUACCAGAACGUGUAGCAGUACAACUUGUUGUUGUUAAAAAAAAAGAUGGACAAUUAGUACAUAGAACAGUACGUGAAGAAAUAACAUCAACAUAUGAUGAUCUUGGUAUGCGUUGUGAAAGAGAUGCAUUUGAUACAUUAUUUGAUUCUGGUCUUGAUAAAUUAAUUGUUGUUAAAAAAUCAUUAGUAUCAUUUGUUAAUAAACAUUUGAGUAAAGUACAUCUUGAAGUUAAUGAUUUAGAUACACAAUUUCAUGAUGGUGUUUUUUUAACAUUAUUACUUGGUUUACUUGAAGGUUUUUUUGUACCACUUGGUAAUUUUCAUUUAACACCAAAAACACAUGAUCAAAAAGUUCAUAAUGUAUCAUUUGCAUUUGAUCUUAUGCAAGAUGUUGGUUUACCAAAACCAAAAGCAAGACCAGAAGAUAUUGUUAAUUUAGAUUUAAAAUCAACACUGCGAGUACUUUAUAAUUUAUUUACAAAAUAUAAAAAUAUUCAUUAAAAUUUUUUUUUUUUUUCAAAUAUCCAGUGUCAAUUAAUCAAAAUUUAUAUUAAAAAAACUAUUUUUUUCUACUAAUUUAAAUGAUCAUCAUUUUAUUAACCAAAAAAAAAUUGAUAACUAAAUAUUAUUCUUAAAAUUAAUAAAUAAUAAUUAAUAAUAAUUAAUAAUUAAAAAAAAAAUUUAUAAAUCAUUGAACUUACUUAUUGUAUUUUUAAAUAAAUAAAAAAACUAUUAAUAUAUAUUUUGUUUGAUAGAUAAAUUGACAGAUAACAAAAUAAAUAAAAUAAUAAAUAUAAAGAAUAAAAAAAUUGUUUUUUUUUUUUUCAUCAAAAGAUAAAAAACAAAUUUAGUUGGUAAAAAUUCACGAAUAAAAGUAUAUAAGUAAAAAAAUAUUACUUGACACGCGACGUCGCAGACUUGAACCAGUAUUUUAUCUGAAUUCUUGAGAUUCAGUAAAUGUUUGACUCUCAAGCCAGUUGUACUUUCUCAUAAAAUAAUUUUAUAUAUUAUUUGAAAAAGAAAAAAAAAACAUGAAGACUAUAUCAGAUGCUAUUGAAAAAAUUAAAAUUAGUGGAAAAAUGAAUUUAUUUGGUGUUUAUGCAAAAGUAUUUAAAAUUAUGUUAUCAAGUUGGAAAGAGACAAUUGAUCAAGUUGAAAUUGAAGAACAUAUGAAAGAACUUGAACAACUUAUUCUUCCAAGUAAUGAAGAAUGGAGACAUCAAGUUUAUUAUAGACUUGUUGAUCUUCAACGUGAAAUUGAUUUAGGUAUCGAUAAAAUGUAAGUUUAUUUAAUUUUAUUAAAAAAACAUAUGUCUAUAUUUAAUACUAAAAAUGUUUUAAUUAUUUAAAAUAGAAAUGAUGAUGAAAUGAAUAUCCUAGAAGAUGAUGAUGAUUAUUUAAAUGAUGAAAAAUUAAUUAAAAAAAUUAAUUAUUUAUCAGAAUGGGAGCCAUUAGGAACGAUAAUAGAUAAUAAAGAAAAUAAAAAUUCUAUAGAAGAUUUAAAAUCAAAUAUUAUUGAAGUAUGUGAUGAACCUGGCUGGAGAAUUAAUGAUAUAAUUUUAGCAUCAAAAGUACUUGAAAAAACAAAAAAUUCUAAACAAUUAAUUUAUUCAGAUGAAGCUGAAAUGAGACGAGUAUUUGGUCUUGUAUAUGAUGUUUUACGUUGUAAGAAAUUUUUUCAUGUUAAUAAAAUUUAAAAAAAAAAAAAA